UUUCAGAGACAGUCCGAAAAGUGCGCCAAAUUGAAAUUUUAUUUGUUGUUGUUGUAAAUGUCUUACUAGAAGAUUAUAUUUAUCUAACCUACAGUUUAAGAAGACUUCAGGUUAAAUGAAAACCAUAUUGUGAUGAGGAUUGUAUUCUAAUCUUGCUGAUGGAAGCUGGGUCAAUAAAGGCUAUAGACAGAGGAUCUGUACACAGAAUAUGUUCAGGACAGGUUGUAUUAACUUUAGCUACAGCAGUAAAAGAACUGGUAGAGAAUAGUAUUGAUGCUGGAGCCACAAUUGUAGAGGUCAAACUGAGAGAAUAUGGGAGUGAGAUGAUUGAUGUCAGUGAUAAUGGAUUGGGUGUGGAGGAGAAGAAUUUUGAAGGACUCACUUUAAAACAUCAUACUUCUAAGUUAGAAGAUUUUUCAGACCUGAUUAAUGUGGAAACAUUUGGAUUCAGAGGAGAAGCAUUGAGUUCCUUAUGUGCUUUGAGUGUUAUGAGUGUUGUAACCAGACACAAAGAUGUAGAAGUAGGUACUAAACUGGAAUAUGAUAACCAUGGCAAGGUCAACAGUAGGUCAUCAGUGGCUAGACAGAUUGGUACUACAGUAACACUACAGAAUCUGUUUUAUACACUUCCUGUUCGACAUAAAGAAUUCCAACGAAAUCUGAAGAAGGAAUUCGUAAAGAUGGUACAUGUCCUGAAUGCCUAUUGCCUCAUCAAUACAGGUGUAAGGAUAAAUUGUACCAAUCAGACAGGCAAAGGGAACAGAACAACAGUAGUAUCCAGUAAAGGUAACCAGACAGUAAAGGAAAAUAUAUCCAAUAUAUUUGGUCCCAAGCAGGUGCAGAGUAUACUAGAGUUUAAGCAACACAAACCAACUGAGGAGGUAUCAACAGAGUAUGGAAUAAAGCUCACAGACGGACAGACUGAAUUGUUCAAGAUAGAGGGCCAUAUAUCUAAAUGUGAACAUGGUCAGGGGAGAAGCAGUGCAGAUAGACAGUUUUACUUCAUCAACAAGAGGCCAUGUGAUCAUUCUAAGCUAUCAAAACUUGUAAAUGAAGUUUAUCAUCAGUAUAACAGACAUCAGUAUCCCUUUGUGGCCCUUAGUAUAACUAUACAGAAAGAAUCAGUUGAUGUGAAUGUGACCCCUGAUAAAAGACAAGUCUUUAUAGAAAAUGAAAAGAUUUUAUUAGCUGUCAUUAAAACAUCUUUGAUAGAAAUGUUUGAACCAACAUCAUCUGUAUAUAAUGUUAAUACAUUACAGAUCCUGGGCAACACAGUGAAAACAAGUCCCUUUAAACAAAGGGAAAGUAGUGAGUUAAAUUAUGAAAGUCCAGUUUUGUCAAAGUGUUCAGUAAGCAGUGCAUUUAAUAAUUUAAAGAGAACAUUUAGUAGCAGUUUCACCAAAGAUGAGGAAAGUGCAAUAUCACCUGUGAAAGAGCAACAAAGUAAACAGAGAAGACUUGAUUCUUUUGUCAUUGCAUCAAAAACUUCAAACCAUACAGAAGUGAAAGAAUCUUUUAUUGAAACUAAACCAACUGUCACUACAGAACUCGAGGAUUCCCAAGACUUAUCUGUUACAUUUGAAACAAACAAAUCUUUACUUGAAAACACUGACAACCAAUGUGAAUCUCAAAACUCAUUUAUAGUAAAUCAUGAGAAAAGGGAAUUAACUCAAACAGAUUCUGAAUCAGGAAUCAGUAGUUCACAAGACCAGACAGAUUCCCAGUCAUCAGUCUGUGUGACAAUAUCAUCAGACAGUGAUGUACAUCAUCUCUCUCAGGAAAUAUGUGAAGAUCAUUCAGGAAGUUUGGAAACAGAAGAGGUGAUAUUAUUAAACCCUGAUGCAGACAAUAGUAAUAAUGUUGAAUGUUUAGGCUUUAAAUCAGACAAGAUAGAAUCUAAGGCAAGUUAUUUGUGUUCAACUGCCACCAGUUGUGUUCAAGAAGAAUGUUUAAAUGAUGAAGUUGAUGGAGGAUUGAAAGCUACUAUAUAUACUGAUGCAGAUGUUUCUGAAGUAGAUUGUUCCAGUCCUGAUAUGAAAAAAGAACCAGCACCAUAUUUACAAGUGACUAGUUUUGAUGAGAAACUAGACCACAAGAGAACUGAAAAAGUAGUUACAUUUGAUUUCCAUGGAUUUAGAAAUAGAGUGCAGAAGAGGAAAAACAGAAAGAGUGAAGAAAGUUUUUGUCGUACAUUCCGAGCCAAGAUAUCACCGACAGAUAACAAAGCCGCUGAGGAGGAAUUACAAAAAGAAAUUAGUAAGGAUAUGUUUAAACAGAUGGAAAUCCUUGGACAGUUCAACCUAGGAUUUAUCAUUUCCAAGUUGAGAGAGGACCUGUUUAUUGUUGAUCAGCAUGCUACAGACGAAAAAUAUAACUUUGAAAUGUUACAGCGACAUACAGUCAUUCAGAGCCAGAAACUGAUUCAUCCACAGAGUCUAGAACUGACAUCCAGUAAUGAAAUUAUACUAAUGGAGAGUAUAGAGGUAUUCCGAAAGAAUGGAUUUGAUUUUAUUGUGGAUGAACAAGGUGAACCUACACAGAGAGUAAAGUUAAUUUCUACACCAGUCAGUAAAAACUGGACAUUUGGAAAAGAUGAUAUAGAGGAACUGAUCUUUAUGUUAACAGAUUCACCUGGUGUUAUGUGUCGUCCAUCCAGAGUACGACAGAUGUUUGCCUCUAGAUCAUGUAGAAAGUCCAUAAUGAUUGGUACAGCACUGAAAAAAGCUGAAAUGAAAAAGUUAGUUGAGCAUAUGGGCCAAAUUGACCAGCCUUGGAAUUGUCCACAUGGAAGACCAACAAUGAGACAUUUAAUUAACCUGAAUAUGGUUCCAAGAUGAUCCCAUGGUAACAUUAGGCACCACCAGAGAUGUGUUCUGUUUUUUAAAGAUAUAAAUUUUUAAUAAAACAUACAUUUUA